AUGGCUUCACUGCCCCUCGCCUUAUCUCAUGGCCACAAGACCUCUCGAAUUGUCUCAAUAGCGGCUGCUAACGAGAACGGCUUACCCGACGGCGCCAGGUGUACGCUCAACGCCAACCACCAACCUAUCGGCCUUCCCUGCGCCUCCAGCUCCUUCCAUUGCGUGGUAACGCGUGUUCCUACACCCGCGAGCGCCGUCUUCACCGGUUUCUGCAAUUCUUCUUACGCUCUGGGUUCUCAUUGCAUGUACACGAGUCAGCCGUACGCCGUGGGCACGCAGGGAAUCAAGGGCAAUCCGGCCUGCGCGCGCUGCACUUGCACCAACCACCCCGAGAAGGCCCAGGAGGUGGCCGCGGUCGCCGCCGCCGCUGCUGACUACGCCGCCUCCAUAAACAGUAUCGAGGGAUGGCGUUUAGCGGGGACUCGGGGGGGAGCAGGUGGGAGGAGCGGUGUUGGUAGCUUGAUUGGGGUGAACACGGCGGAGUGCGAUUGCGAGGACGUGGGGCCGUGCUACGUGGACUGGCAGGGCGACCUGGUGAAGGGGCCCAAGGGAAACGGCAUUAUCUGCCCCGAGACCCGAAGGUGCAUGAUUCACACUGUGGGCGGUGGAGGACGGGACAACGAUGGCCGGCCAGUGGACCAGGGCACGUGCGAAGGGUUUGGCGAGGAGGCGGUGUGCGUGGCGGCGGGGAGGAGCUGGGGUCCCAAGUUUUACGUCGAAGGGACGGAUGGCGUGCCAGGCCCCAGGGGGCGCUGCGAGCAGUGCACGUGCGGGGAGAACGGCGCACUGCUCGCUUGCAACCCAGUUCGCGGAUGCGGGAAAGCGAGUGGCGGGUCCAACCUUUCUCGUCGCCAAGGGCUUACAGCCCUCGCUUUCUCGCGGCCCUUUUCAGCCGCAGCCGUUUCACCCUCCGGCAGCAGUGCUAAGAUCGACGAGCUACAAUCAGCAUCACCUUCCGCGAAACCGAGGAAGAUCCAGUGCUGGAAGCCAGAUCCCGUGUCUGGGGUGUGGGUGCCUGAGGACUCGUUCGGUUAUGUGGAGUCUAGCACCACGGAAACCCCGCAGAAGAGAAGGCGUAGCUUUCUGGGGGCGUCCAUGGACGAGCGUGCAUGGUGGUCGUCACUGGAAGAGCUGCCUGAGGAUCGCAUGCAGCCCACGUUCAAAUAA